AUGACUGAUCCAUUUAAAGAUGAAAUACUGAUUGAUGAUAAACAAUUUAUAAGGAAUAGUAACUUAAACUCAUUCGAUGAAGUUAGUUUGGAAGUAUUGGAAGAAAUGCUGAAACUAGAAACAAAUUUCCCUACUUUAUCCACAGAUUAUAGGCUAAUUGAUAAAAUUGGGGAGGGUACAUUUUCAACUGUUUAUAAAGCUGAAGCAUUAAAUGGUAUAAAAUUAAAUUCUGAAGUUUGGAAUUCACCUCCGUUAAAGAAAAGCAAAACUUCGAAAAAGAACCCAAUAGUUGCUUUAAAACAAAUUUAUGUUACUUCAUCACCAAAUAGAAUUUUUAAUGAAUUAAAUUUAUUAUACAUGUUGACAGGAAAUUCACGCGUUGCUCCAUUAUUAGACGUAUUAAGAUAUCAAGAUCAAAUAUUAGCUAUAUUACCUUAUUAUCAUCAUUAUGAUUUUCGAGAUUUUUAUCGUGAUUUACCUAUAAAAGGUAUAAAAAAAUAUUUAUGGGAAUUAUUUCAUGCAUUAGAUUAUGUUCAUGAUAAAGGUGUAAUACAUAGAGAUUUAAAACCAACAAAUUUUUUAUAUCAUCCUUUUAAAGGUAAAGGUGUAUUGGUAGAUUUUGGAUUAGCUGAAAGGAUAAAUUUACCAGGUACAUGUCCAUGUUUAUCAAAGGAGAAAUUAGUGGGGUCGCGUCAUAAAAGAUUAAAUGUUAAAGGUGCAUAUCCAAAAAUUGAUAAUAGACCACCAAGGAGAGCUAAUAGAGCAGGUACUCGAGGUUUUAGAGCUCCAGAAGUUUUAUUUAAAUGUACAAAUCAAUCUACGAAAAUUGAUAUAUGGUCUGCAGGGGUAAUUGGAUUGAGUUUAUUAAUGAGAAAAUUUCCUAUCUUUAAUUCUCCAGAUGAUACUGAUGCUAUGCUAGAAUUAUCAUGGAUAUUUGGGGUUGAUAAAUUAGUAAAAUGUGCUGAAUUACAUGGAUGUGGGUUAGAAAUUUCAAUGAAAGAGGUCAACAAAUCAGGAAAUUUGAUAAAGUUACUACAUGACUUUCUAACAAAAGAAAUAGAAUGUGAUAGUUUCCCAGAAGAUAGUGUAGUAUAUGAAACAUUAGAAUUGUUCAAUGAAGAAGGAGAUGAUUUUAUAAAUGGAGAACAUUACAAAGAUCAUAUAAAUUUAAUUAACCUACUAAAAUCGUGUUUCAAAAUGGAUCCAUCAAAGAGAUUAAAUGCAAAACAAAUCCUUAAACUACCAUUUUUCUCAGAAUUAAUAGAAUUAGAUGAAGAAGAAGUAAUACUAUAA